CUCUGCAGAAAGCCAUUUUGUUCUUCGGUGGUUUUUGCGAGGGGAUCUGAAGUCAAUUUGCACCGAACUAUCACCUGGAAUUGCUGCAGUUCCAUUUUCAAUUUCACGAUGUUUUUCUUGGCCAAGAACGCACUAACUCGUCUCCAAGUUCGAUACAUUCAGCAAACAAUGGCAAGGGCGAGCCACCAGAAACGAACACCUGAUUUUCAUGAUAAAUAUGGUAAUGCUGUAUUAGCUAGUGGAGCCACUUUCUGUAUUGCUGUAUGGACAUAUGCAGUGACACAAAUUGGAAUAGAAUGGAACCUGUCCCCUGUUGGCAGAGUCACCCCAAAGGAAUGGAGAGAUCAGUAAUCAUCCCAGCUGGUGGAAUACUGAAUUGUGUCAGAACCAACUCAUAAUUGAUGCCAAGUAAAAGCACUGUGUACCCAUUAAAAUAUGGCAUUAUUGAAAUAAAGUACAUUUGAAACCUUCA